AUGCCGAAACGAGCGAAAGAGUUAAUGCAAAACGAGAACUGGAUUUUAGUCGACGUUCGGCCGCAAAUCGAUUGGUGUAGAAAACACGCGUAUCCGUCCAAAAAUUGCCAAUACUUUAUACCGCUCGAAGUGAGAGAUUUGAGGACGUUUACGAAACAAGCGGCGUCGCUGGCGAUUUUUCCGGAGAGGGUAUUCUCCAGCAGCGGGUACGCGAACGUGGAAGAGAACGAGAACUUUAUAGAGGAAGUCGUAGAGGAAGGGUUGUGGGGCGAGAAGGUGAUUUUAUACGACGACGUCGGCGGGGUCAUCGGGGAGGAAAUGAUGGAUUUUCAAGACGGAGUGCAAACGCCGUCGCUGAUGGCUAUUCACGAAUUAGUCGCUCGAGGAUUCGGCGCCGAGAAUAUAAAACACAUGGCGGCGGGUUUAGAGUGGUGGGACGAAGUCGAAGAUUUCGAAAUCGGGAGCGCCGAGCAAAUGCCUAUGGGUAUGUAA